GGGUCUCCCUUAGCCUUGCUCUGUAUCCAAUCCACACAGUCCCUUGCCCCUCCCUGCCUAGGGACUCUGGAAGCCUGUCCUUCUCCUGAGCCUCAGAAUCUCACUCUCUGUCCAUCUGCUCUGCAGAAUGCCACAGCUGAGCCUGUCCUGGCCGGGACUGGGGCCCUUGGUGGCCUCCCCAUGGCAGCUCCAACUGCUGGCUGGGGCCUCCUGGCUCCUGGCCCGAAUUCUGGCCUGGAUUUACUUCUUCGAUAUCAACUGCUGCCGCCUUUGCUGCUUCCCUCAGCCCCCUAAACGGAACUGGUUUUGGGGUCACCUGGGCAUGAUGCAAAGCAAUGAGGAUGGAAUGCAGCAAGUGGCUGAACUGGGCCUCUACUUCCAUGAUGUCCACCUCUGGUGGGUUGGACCCGUCUUCAUAAUCCUGAGGCUCAUCCACCCUAACUUUGUUGCCCCCCUGCUCCAGGCCUCAGGUAUCUCUCCCAGAACCCAAACUGCUGGCCUUUUAGCCUAG